AAAAAAAGAAGAAGAAGAUUGAAUUAGGUGGAGACACAGCGAAUUAUACCAUACUUGUGACCUUACCUUUACACAUAAAUGCCGUGUCGCGAAUCUAGAUGAAGACUUGAAGACGCAUGCAUUGACAGGCAGAGUUGCUCGAUUGGGAGCUUGUGCAUGGCUCCGACACCGAACCAACUGAUUCAAUCGCAUUGGAGAAGGAAUCGUGGAGUUCAAGUGUAAUCGAUGAUGGUAUGAUUCUCUCUCAUCAUUUCUCUCCCGAUAAUCAGAGCAUCGAUGAUGAAUCUCAUAUUGAUGACGCAACCGAGUGUUUGUCGGAAACAGAACAUCUCCAAGUUGCGGAUGGUGGAGAACCUAUUGAGGAUGGGAGCAACUCGUGCUCUGAUUCAGGGGGAAAACAACUCGUUUCUAGAGAUUCUGGGAUUGUUUAUGGUGAAGAGGAGAUUGGAUCUGAUAGGGAAAGUGGAGGGGGUGCUGUGGCUGUGGGAUGUGGUGAUGAGAGCAAAAGCAGAGAGACUGUUUGGUGGAAGAUGCCAUUUGUGCUUGUCAACUACUCUGCUUUUAGGAUUCGUCCUGUCUGGUCUCUCUCCAUGGCUGCAGCUCUCGUGGGUUUUCUUCUCUUGGGACGCAGACUCCACAACACUAAAAACAAACCUCAAAGGAUUCAUCUUAAAGUUGCUAUCGACUAUACGAAGGUGUCCCAGGUGAUGAGUCAGGCAGCUCGACUCAACCAAGCAUUCACAGAGGUAAGAAGGGUCCCUGUGAUCCGCCCUGCUCUGCCAGCUCCUGGUGCAUGGCCAGUUUUGAGCCUUAGAUGAGAAUCUGGAUCAUACAAUGUUUUCAUCUACCAAAAGAACAGAGAUGCAUGCCUGUACAGCGUCUUUUCUCCUAUCAUGUGCUAUAUUGCUAUGCAAUGCAUAGUAGUUUACCAAGUUAUGCAAUCAUUUUGUCAAAUAGUAGAUACCAUUUUCUUUGAUCAAAAAAUUCAUUUGAAUUUCAAA